CGGAGAGGAGUGGGAGGAGGUAGGAGCAGGCACAGAUCCUGGGAGGGGAGAAGGCUGGAGGGGUAGGGCCAAGGAGACACAUCCCAGCCCUCCUCGCACACACACACACACACACACACAGGCAUUUCCAGCCGCUGCAGCUGCUGCUAGCAAAGCAAACUUCCCCACUUCCCUUUUGCAAGAGAACUUCCUCGGUUCCUCUUGGGGAGGAGGCUGAGAUCCCGGGUCUCCCCGGCCCGAGCUCGGGGGGGCUAAGCUAGGCUCGCUCGUGCCAAAGCUCGCCCUGGCCUGAACCCCUCGGCUCCUUUACCGACCAGCCUUGGGUUUGGGGGUCCGUGGCUGGAGCAUCUGGAGACGUCUCACUUCAGGGUAGGGGCUGAUGCCAGACACAACAAGUCCUCCUGCGGCGGCUGCUUUGUUUGGGGGGUUAUUUUUGUAGCAGAUCGCCGUUCCUGCAACGUGUUUUGUGUUAUUAUUUUUACUGCUAGCUACACACACACACACACACACGCACACACCCCUCUCCCCGGACUGCUAGACGCGGCGGGGUUUCUCUUAACUUUGCAUCAGCGCCCCCCCCCCUUCCAAACAACAGAUCCGCUGGAUCAAAGGACGACACCCCCCCCCCCCCCCGCACGAGCCCUGCAUUUGCUUAUUAACUGCAAAGGGGGCAGGGGGCGAGGCGGCCGGGACAGACGGACAGACUGUGGAGAAGCCGAGAUGCAACUGACCAGGGUUCCCCUCUGCCUCGUACUGCUUAGCCAGCUCUUCCCUGGCAAGGUUUCAGCCCGCCAAGGCUGCAAGAGCGGACGCUUCACUUCCCUUGGGGACUGCUGUGACCCUUGCCCCCCGGGCCAUGGGGUGGCCGUGCCGUGCGGCAGCUCCAACACGGUGUGCGAGCCCUGCAGAGAGAAUGGGACGUUCUCCUCCAGCAGCAGCACCACGGAGCCGUGCCAGCCGUGCUCACGGUGCCCGGUGGCAGAGGCGUGCACCCCCACCCGCGACACUGUGUGCGCCCCCCAGUGCCCCCCCGGCCACUACCUGCACGCGGAAAACGGGACCAGCAGCCGGUGCUUGCCUUGCCAGGUGUGCGGACCGGGCUACGGGGCAGCGACGCCGUGCGGGCCUACGAACAACACCAUCUGCCAAAAAUGCCCGGAGGGCUUUUACUCGGAGGAGAAGAGCGACUCGGCGCCGUGCCUGCCCUGCCGGCUGGAGUGCCACAAGGACGAGGUGAUGAUCCGGGCCUGCAGCCCCGUGUCGGACACGCUGUGCAUGGACAGAGAGCUGCAGAUCCUGAAGCGCACGGAUGGGGACCCCCGCAAGGAGCACCCCAAGAAGCCUCCGCUGUCUGAGUCAGAGGGCAGCGCCUCCCCCAAUAACUCCUCCGAGUUCCUCCCGCCGCUGCCAGACAACAGCAAGAACAUCAUCCCCGUCUACUGCUCUAUCCUGGCCGCGGUGGUGGUGGGGCUCCUGGCCUACGUGGCUUUCAAAUGCUGGAACACCUGCAAGCAGAAGAAACAGCUGGCCAAAGCCAGGGCUGGGGAGCUGGGGGCCUCCCCCGAGGGCGAAAAGCUGCACAGCGACAGUGGCGUCUUCCUCGACACGCACAGCCUGCAGGAGCACCACCCGCUCAGCAAGGCGCACAGGGCCGAGCCCCGGCUGUACAGCGCCCUGCCACCCCACAAGCAGGAGGAGGUGGAGCAGCUGCUGGAGAGCUCCAGCCACGGCAAGGACUGGCGCUGCCUGGCCAGCCAGCUGGGCUACGAGGAAGAGGCCAUCGACACCUUCAGCCGGGGCGAAGCCCCCGCCCACACCCUCCUCUCCGACUGGGCCGCCAAAGAGGGGGCCACGCUGGAGGCCCUGUGCGCAGCCCUGGCCGGCAUCGAGCGGCCGGACGUGGUGGAGAACUUGACCGGCCCAGCUGAGGCCAGCUCGGUGGUGUAAUGGCACGGGCAAGCCAGCAGGGGGUCGCGCACCCCGCGAGAACGGGACUCGCUAGGAGUUUUAAAUGGCAACAAAAAAAGAAAAGGGGGGAGGGGAACACAUUUUGUUAAUGAUAAGGGAACUUAAAAAAAAAAAAAAAGGCAACAAAACAAACAAAAAAGCCACAGAGCAACGGCCUUUGGCAGGACAAGGUGCAGCACCAUGAUGUGACUGGCGCAUGAGCCCACGUCUCCUACUGGGGGCGACCGGCCUGCGGGUGCCACGCGCUGUGUCAGCAGGGGAGCUAUGCCUUAAUACUAGGGCAGGUUCUUUAGCGCCAAUGGACGAGACCUGGGAUUCUGGAGCCGAAGGCUCUGGGUUCUCUCCCCGCUUGACCAUGGGCUUGGGAGAGAGCCAGCCCCUGAGGUGAGUUGGUAGGUGAUGCCCUACUGCCUGGCAGGGAGAGCGGCUGGCAUGGCUGGAGAGGGAGGAGCGUUUGGGGGGACGGGUUCUCUGCCCCUUUGACUCCGUCCCCGUGCCCGCCCUGUCUGGGGAUCCCGGCUGGACUUGUCGUGUGGUUUCCUUCCGUCAUGUGGCCAUUGUAACCCAUGGGGAUUAACCAUGGGCUUUCCCCUUCCCUGUGCGCCCUCUGGAAGAGCCCUCAGCCAUAUGGGAGCCUGUGGACCCUGACCUGCCAGGGCCAAGCCAUUCGCCCUCCCCAGGUGGACUCCGGCCCCGCAGGCCAGGGGGUGAAGGGACCAAUCACCGGGCACGGGCAUAGGGCACUGCUGUCUAACCCAUUCUAUUGCUGGAGCCCCCACCCUCCUCUGUCACCCCUCCAGCCCAGGCCCGGCACCACCCCCAGCCAGCGCCUCCCCCCACAACUCACUGCACCAUCCCCAAACCGUGUCUGCCUCCACCCCCCACUACGCGCAGAGAAACACCUGUGCCAGGCAGGGACUGAAUUGGGGCCCUCCUGGCUCCAAGGAACAGUCCCUGACUCAGCGUUUCCUCCCCACUGGCUGGUUUGUUUGGGGGUGGGAGUCAGUUUUCAGACUGUACCCCCCCCUUGCAGCCAGUCCCGUCCCCCUCAGCUAACACCCCCCUCCCCAUCCUCUCUCUCCAUGGCUAGGGCUUGCUCACUAAGGACGGUUCCCAGAAUCCUUUAGGGUGCCGUCCUAGGGCUGGGGCCUCAUGGACGUUGCCUGUAGCCCUUGUAGGGGUUCGGCCCUUUGCCCUUGGGCCCAGUUGCUGGCGGGGAUUGGUCCAGUGUCAUAUGGGGACUUCCAAGUGACUGAGCAACCCCCUUUCAGCCAGAGGGGGAACAAGGGUGGGGGAACCAGCCAGCCGCUCGUUUGGCCCUGCUGCCCCCCUACAGCACUGUUCGUGAUUUCCCCCCCCCCCC